AAAAGUAUUUAGAAAUAAACAUAAAAGUUUUAACAAUAAAUUUUUGAUGGAUAUGAAUUCUACGCAACGGCAGGGUAACUUUGUUCUUCAUGUGCGACAAGACUCAGACACUGACUUGGAACAGUUGUUUAAAAAUUCAGUUUCAACCAAUAAGGAUAUACCAAGAUCUAAGCCUUUUCGUGACAGAAAGUUACCUGCUUCAUUUUUUAGACCUCCUCCAUCUCUAGAGACAGAUCAAACCGCUCCAAUACACACCAGAGCUCGUUCACUUCCUUCUAAUAUUGGUCAGAUUGCUCAGGAUCAAGUUAUUUUACAGCAGCAACAACUUCAACAACAACAUCCACAAAAUAAUUUUUUACUUACCCCAAGUCAUCAAAGAACACAAUCUUAUGGUACUCUUGAAUCAAAUUAUUUACCAUCAGGAUGUGAAAUGAGAACAACUGCUUCUGGUCAAAAGUAUUACAUAAAUCACCAAAAUCAAUCAACAUCUUGGCAAGAUCCUCGAAAAGCACAAUCCAUGACAGUGUUACCAGCAAACCCUCAAAACCUUUUAAUGGAUGAUUUGCCAGAAGGUUGGGAACGUGCUGUUACAGCUGAAGGUGAGGUUUAUUUUAUUAAUCAUCAAACAAAAACUACAAGUUGGUUUGAUCCACGUCUGAAUCGGCCUAAUAAUAAUUUGUUGUUGGGAGGCACAAACAUACAAUAUUACCAGCAAGAGAAGCGUCAUCGUCAACAGCAAAUUCAAAACCAACUACUCGAAAGAGAGUUUCUUAUUCAUCAAAGAAUGAAUGGCCAGCACACUGACUCUGUACUAAACAACAAUUCUUUGAUAAAUAACCUUGUUAGAGAGAAAUAUACUGCUCAUAUGAAUUCUAGUGUUCUUGGUAGAGGAAGCUCUGUUGAUUCUGGUUUAGAUGGAAUGGAGUCUUAUUUAACAUCUACUUCAACAGAUGGGUUGAAUGAUAUGGACACAGCUGAUGUUGAUCGUAAUAAUCAAUUUGAUAAAAAUACCUCAAUGGAACAAGGUAUUUGUUUCAAUAAUCGACUUCCUGAAUUUUUUGAUAGUUUACAAGCAUCAAAUGUUGAUUUAGAUAUUCUUGAAGAUGGUUCUGAGUUAAGUAGUGAUUUAGAGGCUAUCAACACUGAGGCUCUGAACGAUGUUGACAUGAUUUUAUCUCCAAACAAUAAGCCUAAUGCAUAUAUGACUUGGUUGUAGAAAGCAAAAGCACCUUUGGUGUUUGAAUUAUUUUUUUUUUAAGUCUUAAAUUUAUUGAUAAAUAAUUUUGUUAGAAAUUUUUGCAUAUAGUUUACAAGUUUUGUAAUUUGCAUUUCUACAACUUUAUAAAAGUAGUGUUAUUAAACAAAUAUUUAAUGAUAAAAAAAAAA